AUGUUCUGGGUCCUCCAAUCCGUUCGGCGGCGCCGGCGGCGACGACAACCCGUUCGAGGACGAGCCCGAGGACGAGGACUACGUGAUCCGCGAGCGGGAGAAGGCGGCCUACGAGCGCCAGUUCCUCAUGCUCAACCCGCAGGCUGGCAAGCUCAGCGGCGCGCAGGUCAAGACGGCGCUGGUCGAGACGGGCGUGGCCACGGGCGUGCUGCGCAAGGUGUGGACCCUGUCCGACAUCGACAAGGACGGCAAGCUCGACCUCGACGAGUUCGCCAUCGCCCUGCGGCUGUGCGAGAUUGCGAAGAAGUCGCCCGAGAAUCCGAUUCCGUUCGAGAUGCUUCCGGCCUCCCUGGUGCCCCCCUCCAAGAUGAGCUUCUUCACCAACCCGCAGUAGUCGUGGUGGUGGGUCAGGUGGUCGGACUGGUAUGGGCGGAGCACGUUUUGGGGUUGUUGAUGAUAUAA